ACGGUAGAACAAGAGGUGUAGAAAAUAACUAGUAGCGUCUGCAACAUCGUAGCUGAACGAUUGAGGGUUUAAUAAUUUCCAUUGUCUUUACUAACAAUCGUCACAAUGUCUGAACAUAAAGUCAAGAUAAUCAGUAAUGUGGCUGAGCUGGAAGAAACACUGAAAAAUGCUGGAGACAAGCUUGUUGUAAUUGAUUUUUCCGCUACAUGGUGUGGCCCAUGCAAAAUGAUUAAACCAAAAUAUGAAGAGCUAUCUCUCAAAGAGGAAAUGCAAAAUGUUAUAUUUCUGUCAGUUGAUGUCGAUGAGGCAGAAGACGUGGCUAUGGCAUAUCAGAUCGAAUCCAUGCCCACUUUUGUGUUUUUAAGGGAUAAUAAAAAGCUUGAGCAGUUCUCUGGAGCUAAUCUUGACAAGCUCAGUGAUACAAUAAAAAAACAUAUGCCUCAGUAACUACAAACGCGCACAAGAUUUAAACACAGUUUAAAAUAUACAGUAAUUAUUCAUUGAAAAUUAGAAGUUUUAAAAACGACUUGCUAAUCAACAGAGAGAAAAUAGUAUGCAAGUUUUGUAUGCAGCAUAUUGCUGCUGAUGAAAUAUUUUUUUGAUCAGUUGCAUUUUUUUUUUU